AUGAAUGCCGAGGCGGCGCAGGAGAGUCAGGAUCUUUACGCGAAAGAUUUGCGGCAUGUUGCGCAAGACUAUUUCGUGGUGAGGACUCUCUGCAAAAGACUCGUUGUGGUGGAGUUAGAACUCUACCGAGCUCGGCGCCUGUGUAGAGCUUGGGCUCAGGCGCUAACUGCACAACGCCAACACACACCGCCGUGCAUGCACGAGCAGCAGACGAGCAGCGAACUUAUAUCUGCUGCGGCUCAUGGCACUUGUCCUUAUCGCGAAGCAAUGCUCUAUCUAUUCCGUCAGGUAGCGGAAACAGGUUCCGUGUCGGAGUAUUUACGUGACGUUGAGCACAGGGGCGCUCGUGCGUCCUCUUUGAAGGCUCUGCUGGAAAGCCGAUCGCCACCCACGCAGUGGACUCGUCACGAAAGCGCCUCGGCGGACUCUUCUGCAGCCUCUGGUCUGGCACAUGGGAACCGAGUCCAGAGUCAGAGGGCACAAGCGCGGAGCGCAAACGUCAGCGACGGCGCCGAGCGGGCGUCCGCGCAACGGGUGCCGGCUCCGUCAUCCUCGGAACCGGCGAUCAUGCAGGGCCAGCAGCUACCAGCUAACGUCGGUACCGAUUUGAGCCAAGCCGGGCAUUCGAAGCGACCAUUGCAGUUCCAAACGCGUGGUACCACGGGCCCCGAAAUGGGCCCGUCUCGAACGACGACGCUCGCUGGAUUCCGAGCAGCGCAAAUGCCAACGAAUGCUAGUGCAUCUCAACAGAACCGGUGGCCGCCCUGGAACGAGCAGUUCAUGGAAGCGCUCAUGGAGAGCGAACGCGACACCGUUGCUGGGCUUAUCGAACAAGAACGACUACAGACGCAGCUCAACCUUCUGCGCGGUGUCAUGAUGGAUCUUGAGGUUCUGCUCGAACGAUGUCCUUGCGAGGACGCAGACGGAGCGAUUGAUUGCAUCGACAGUGCAGAUGACGACGAGAAUUCGUUACCACCUCUGGCUGAGAAUGGCCAUAUCCGCAGCAACAAGGCCGAGAUGUCGACCAAUACCUUCGCAUGCUAG